AUUGCUCGGCAGGAUGGAGGUCGAGAAGUAUAUUUAAACGGUGCCGCCCACUCUCGAGCGAAUCUCUUCAGGGACGACCGAGCGGCAUCUCACGUGUCAGCGAUGCCUCGAAUGUCUGCCUUGGCGGUCUUGCUUGUACUGGCCAUCUCCCUCCAGGACGCCAGUGCGCAAGGCAAGCCCAGUCUCUGCUACCUUCCCCCUAGCAGGGGUCUGUGCUACGCCUACUUCCCGUCGUACUACUACGACAGCUCCUCCGGAACCUGCCGAAAUUUCAUCUACGGUGGUUGCCAAGGAAACGAAAACCGAUUCUCCUCUAGAGAGGAAUGUCUUCAAACCUGCGGUUAAAGCUACUUGGUCGAAGCGUCGUUGUACAAGCUCACGUCAUCAUAUUAAACAUGUCCUAAGUUUAUUGUACCCGGGUGUAUUCUUAAGACGCCUCUUGUCGAGUGCAAGAAAUAAAUGAUUGUGUAAC